AUGAGAGCACUGUUUUUCAAAAUUUGUCUUUUCGGAAAGUCCAUCUUCGGAGACGACUCAUACAAAUAUGACCAUCCUUGUUUUCAUCCACUUCAACUAACUUAUCCCUGUCAAGUCUCUCCGAACUAUGAAUAUUGCUUACCAGAGGGUCAGAUGCUCUAUCAGUGCUGCCACUGGCAGAGUAACAUACUCAACUGCCGAGAGGGUACAAAGCAUCCCUGCAUUGACAACAAACACACCUGCGGGGACAAGUUCUGCCACCGGAAGGUCAAGCCAAACGAAUUCUCUCAAGCCUACGAGUGCAUCGACGAGGAUGAAGAAUGCUUAGGAAUCGUCAUGUGUGAAGAGUAUUUCUUUGGACACUGCGCUUGGGGAUAUAACAUCAAUAACGCAACUCAAGCUAUUUCAGUUACUUCCCUCGACGAUUGCUACAAUCAUUGCAAGAACAUAGAGGGUUGUACUGGGUUCGAUUUGGACGAAAAGGGGAUCUGCAUUCCGACAAUGAACGAAUGUACAAAAGAAGAUGUUGUCGACUUUGCCGGGCUUCAAAAUUAUACCCACAGUAGCUGGGCAAAUCCAUACCACAAACUAAAGAGAGUUCAGUCCAUUCAUUAUCCCAUGAAAGGCUGCAAAACACCAAAAAGAAGCCCCGACUGCGAUAAAAAGCUAGCAGAUACUGUUCGCGAGCAUUUUGUCGACAUCAACGACAUUCUUUCCCGUUUUGAAGACAAGUUUGACGAAGUGACUUCAAACCAGGAGAACAUGAUUCUCGACCUCGCUCUCACGGGAGACACGGCAAAAACACUCUUUCCCGUCAUCAUUGGACUUGUUGUCGUCCUCCUCGUCGUGAGAAUAAUUAUGCUAGUCUGGCAAAUUAUCCAAUGGAAGACCGGCUCAAACACGGCCACUCUAGAUACAGGCAAUGAAAUGCGAGUCAGAUCAUCUCCAAGAAGAACGAAUCCGGAUGUGGAAAUGAACUCUUCACCGACAAACCCUGGGAUCGAUACUCUAGCCACGGAAAAUCAGCAAAACGGGCAAACUGUGGCAGAAAACAUUUAUGAAACUCCAAAAGCGAAAGAAGCUGGAAAAGAAAAAGAAGCAGCUGAAGCUGAAAAACUUGAGAAAUAA